CACCACCUGCUCUUGACCUGGGUGAGAGGACCCUCCUGGUGUUUCCUCUACUGAGUGCUCUGGCUCAAUGGGGCUGUGUUUUGCCCUCCCAUUGGCUGCACUGGCCAGCUGCCUGCUUCCUGCAGACUGUUGUAUCACAUGUGACCCGACAGUCAUAGCAGCAGUAAAGUCCUUAGAGACAGACUACCUGCCUGGACACUUGGAUGACAAAGGUCACAAAAAAGUGAUGGAUAUUGUACACAAAACUCUGAACGAAUUCAAGGAACUGCCAAUUAAAGAGGGUUCCUAUAUGGGAGCCGUAGAUGAAAAAACAAUAAAACAAGCAGCCUCGAAUUUCUUGAGGGAGCUGAAAGUCAUCACAGACAGUGAAGUAGAAGGGGAGGAAUUCGUGAGGCAGUUGUACUGGAUGUUGGACAAGGAAAAGGGGGAUUUUAUGCACGAGUCUGCUCAGUUCCUGAAGGACGCUUUUUGUCCCAACAAAUGUGGCGUCAUGUUGCAGACUCUGAUAUGGUGCCGGAACUGUGAGAAGGAGGUUCAUACAUGCCUGAAGUCCAAGACCUGCGGGGAUCGCCAUGUGGAGGUCCAUGAGUUGGAAGACCUGAUCUUGGACUGUCUGCUCACUUGGCACCAUAUUUCUGAAGGGCUCACAGACUACAAAUUUUACAGGGUUUGGGAGAACAAUUCUGAGACCUUGCUGUACAAGGGGAAGGAAUCAACUCUGAAGAAGCCAAGUGUGACUGAAGCGGAUGAAGGCAAAUAUCGCUGUGAGCUGGACACAGUGAUGUCAGGCCCAUCUACUAUCAUUUCAUAUCAUGUCACAGUGCUGCCCCCUAAAAUCCGCCAUGAGAAACAUAAAGAAAAGCUUGAAGACACUGAGGGGAGCCCGUUUGAUGUGAACUCAGAAAGCCCCACAGAAAGUACAGCAACGUCAGCCCACCUGGAGCCCAUCACGUCCCUCCAGCGGUCGCAGGCCCAGAGUAUGCUGCAAGGCCGCCUCUUUGGGCUGCUGAUCUGCUUCUUAAUACUUCUGGUAGCAGCCCUUCUUCUCAGGCUAAUUUACUGGCGAAGAUCCAGACAGAAACAGUGCUCACAACGCAGCCUUGCAAAUACAGCUUCUAAGACGUCAUCUGUUAAGACAACAAAGUCAGCGACCUCGAAGGGAGUUGAAAAUACAUCAUCUAAGACAUCAAGGACAACGACCUCAAAGUGAAAAAAUAAUUAAAUACGUGUCUUGUUGUCUAAG